GAGCUUGCCGGACACGCAGAUGUGUUGUAGCUUCAAACUGCUCUGCAUCAACUACCUACUCGUCUCUCGUUUUCUCAUUACCUCCUGUAAUCAACACAGUAUCACUCUUUUCUAACUUCAAAUAUCAAUCAAAAUGCGUGCCUUCACCGUCGCUACUGCUCUCUUGGUUGCCGGAGCCCAGGCUGCCCCUGCUCUUGAGAGCCGUCAGAUCAUCUACGGAUGCUACUUCUCCGGAGAUGGCGUUGUCAACCAGUACGUCAGCGUGGGCCACGACAUCGAAGUGACCGGCACCAGCGGCAAGACCUACCUCAUUGACUGCGGCACUACCUCGGGACAAAUCGUCCCUAACGUUUUCGCCAAGUGCACCGUGGACGGCAAGCAGCCGGCUGGCAUCACCGCCAACGAGUCCGACAAGAACGCGAUCAACUGCCCCAUUUCCUAGAUGUUCACAUGUCUUAUUUCAAGUAUAGCUGGAUUAGUAGACUUUAAUCAAUAAUUGGUCUUACCGACCGGAUAGAGUUACUCACACGUUCAAUUCGUUCCUGAAUCAUCUGAAUUACUUUGGUAUUGGCGAGUUUGAGCAUAGCUUUCUGGGUUACUAACCUAGUCAUACUAUUUGCUCCGGUGCUAUGCGCUCUAGGCUCUUGCCAUGAAGUCUCCAAUCGCGAUAUGGUGCAAGUUUGCUAGGCUAAUUCAAUAUUCUGAGAAAGUUUGGCGGCG